AUGUUGCCGCUCGUCUUGUUGUCGGUGUGCCUUGCCCAGGUUGUGACCGGAACGCCACUCGGCCUGGGCAACGUUCACCGCGUUGCCAUGAGUUCCGAUGGCACGAAGCUUGUUGCUCCAGUGGAUUACGGCAUGAUCUACACCAGCACAGACUCUGGCGCCACAUGGGCAGGGACAGAAUCUGGCAACAGGAGCUGGAGAGCUGUGGCCAUGUCUUCGGACGGGUCCACCAUUUCAGCCGUUGCGAGUGAUUCUGCGAGUGUGUGGACCAGCACAGAUGGCGGUAGCAGCUGGGUGGAGAAUGCGAAUGCGACGCAGACAUCGUCGCCCGACUGGCAAGACAUGGCCAUGUAG